CGAUGCAAAGGUACCUCCCGGUGUCGUAGUCGUUUAUCAUGUCUCAGAGACCGUACUUAAUUUUAGUUACUCUAAAGCCUGUAAAGUAUUAUUUCGGUUUUCAUUUACACGUUGUACAGUGAUGAAGAUGACCAGAUCGUUAAGACUUGUCGUAUUACUAUGUGUUGUUUUAAUGGUGAACGGUAACGGGUUGUUACUUCUCUACCGACCGAAGGAUAUAACGAACGAUUGUGCUUUCUCUAGACAUUUACGUUUCGACAUAUCUUUUGGUAUGGGAAUGUCGGAUACAAUAACUUUGGUGUUCCGGACUCUAAACGACAUAGACUACGAAUGUUUAGUGGAGAUCGUAACACAGACCCACCAGUAUCUGGUCGUGGUUGUGCGGUAUCCCACCACGAUCGCCAAGAACUGUGAAGUCAACCGUGACGCAGUGACUGUGUUAAAGAAAUGGCGUUGCACGAGACUGUGCGACCUUUUGACUGGGGAGGUUUAUUCUCCAUACUUCACGUUCACCGUACAGAGUCGCCUGAGGUUUUUGUUUAAGAGCAACAGCAGUAUCAAUUCUGAUAUUAACGCGAACUUCUAUCAAGUGUCGAUCACGUCAGCUCGGCAAGCACCUUCCGCAGGAUGUAACCGGAGAAACGAAACAAUAUGCACCGUUGACCAGGAUAAUUACUGCUUUACCACCGGCGUGGUUUGCGAUGGAAUCAAGAACUGCGGUGUCGAUGACUGGUUUGACGAGAGAAAGUCCCAGUGCACCUUGCCAGUACAAAGGUUAGGGUAUGCGCCCAUUGUAGCGGUGCUGGCCGCAGUGCUGUGGGCCAUCGUAGCCUGUGGGCAUGCGCUCUUACGUCUCCUGCCACCGCAUGCAAACUCCUUUUUCAUCUUCAAUGAGAACGAGGAUAAUCGACUAUGCAUCGACCCUGUUCUGGUGCCUCGUGGAACUGCACCUGAUAUUGAGACCUUCAAGAAAGUGUCUAUUAUACCGUUAUUUGGCAGCGUAUCAUCAGAAGACGAUACAAACACAGACGAGUCACAAAUACCAACAGAAAAAGAGCAGGCACUUCACGAUUUAUCUGAUGACCAGAAUGAAGAUGAGCCGGAGACUGUGCAACCAAUUUUAGAGGAGAGCCUAGAAUCCACUAGGAAAAACACAAUGAAGUAUAUGACGGAGAAGUUUCAGAAACUGAUCAGUGUGAGACACGCAACGCCGGGCGCAGGAGCAGUCGAAAGGAUGAAGAUUUCAUCGCUUAACGUGUGUAGAAUUUAA